UGCCGCCAUGCCGCCCUCCGCGAUGCUGCUGCUGCUGCUGCUGCCGCCGCUGCUGGCGGCGCUGGCGGUGCCCGCCCCGGCGGGGGCGGUGGCGGCGGGGGGCUGCGGGCCCUGCGAGCCGGCGCUGUGCCCGGCGCUGCCGGCGCGGGGGUGCCCGCUGGGCCGGGUGCGGGACGCCUGCGGGUGCUGCUGGCAGUGCGGGCGCGGCGAGGGCGAGGCGUGCGGGGCCGGCGGCGGCGCGGCCGGAGGACGCUGCGCUCCGGGCCUCGAGUGCGUGAAGAGCCGGCAGCGCCGCAAGGCGAAGAGCGCCCCGGGGCUCCCCGCCGCCGGCCCGCCCGGCGUGUGCCUCUGCAAGAGCCGCUACCCGGUGUGCGGCAGCGACGGGCUCACCUACGGCAGCGGCUGCCAGCUCCGCGCCGCCAGCCUGCGCGCACAGAGCCGCGGGGAGCCCGCCAUCAGCCAGCGCAGCAAGGGAGCCUGCGAGCAAGGACCCUCCAUCGUGACUCCUCCUAAGGACAUCUGGAAUGUGACAGGAGCACAGAUCUACCUGAGCUGUGAAGUCAUUGGCAUACCAACCCCUGUCCUCAUCUGGAACAAGAUAAUUCGAGGACAGUAUGGUGUCCAGAGGAUGGAGCUCCUGCCUGGAGACCGGGAGAACUUGGCUAUCCAGACCCGAGGGGGCCCUGAGAAACACGAAGUGACUGGCUGGGUGCUUAUAUCCCCUCUGAGCAAAGAGGAUGCUGGGGAAUAUGAGUGCCAUGCGUCAAAUGCCAAAGGGGAGGCAACAGCUUCUGCAAAAAUCCAUGUUGUGGAAACUCUGCAUGAAAUUGCUCUGACCAAAGAUGAUGGUGCAGAGCUGUGAUGAGAGGACUUUCACUUACGCACAGUUUUAAAUUAGUAUUUUGGAAAGCUGCAAGCUCUGGCUUUUUCUAGCUGACUAAUCAUUCCUCUUAACUCCCUUGUUCUUUGACUCCCAAUUUGCUUGCACACUUCUUUCACAGAUGCACAAAUAAAGAGAUUCACAAGUUUGAUUACAAAUUUUAAUUCUAUUUACAGGAAAUAAACAUACUUUUCAACAGCACA